AUGUCCUGCAUCGAACUUCUUACAUCUUUGCUUGGACGGGCUUUUUUCUGCUUGAAUUCAGGCAAACGUAAGAAACUUCUUUCACCGGAAGAGUGCUGUGACAUUAGGAAAAAGAAAGAUGUUAAUUGGGCCGAAACAGGCGAAAGUGAUGAGGAAGAUGAGAGGACUAGAGAUGGCGAGCUGUGUCAGGGCGUCGUACCAGACGACUGCGACUUGGACAGCGGUCUGUCAAACGAUCCCGACUCUUCCCUAAUAGCAAACGACACGAAUGGGUAA